GCUCUAUUACCGUAUUAGUCUUCGAGGGAUUUACGAAACAACGGCAUUGCUCUAUCUGAAAACUUUUGGGAAAAGUGAUAUAAAGGGUCAAAAGUUUCCUGCGAAUUGAACCAUUAGCAUAAUUUUGGUACUUUAAAGAUGGUUUCGGUAUCUAAGCUAAUCAAUGGGGGUCUUAUAGCCUCAGGGCAAACUGUAUUUCAGCAGUUGGCAACUCCAGAACAAUCCUCAGUCCAGCAAUACAAUAUUGUGCGUUAUCUUGGUGGUCAAGGACCGUAUAUUUCAGCCACCGGUAGCGGAAUAUCGACUGAUAUACCAUCUCAAUGUUCAAUUGAACAAGUUCAAGUGAUUCAUAGACACGGCGAGAGGUUCCCAACGACAAACAAGGGACAGAAGUUUGAAAGAAUCAUGGACAAGUUCAAUAACUACGCCAAUAUUUUCCAAGGCCCUCUACAGUUUUUAAACGAUUAUGAGUACUUUGUAACCGACCCUUCGUAUUAUGAUAUGGAAACAACUCCAGAAAACUCCAAUGGCCUUUAUGCGGGUACUACAGAUGCUCUAAGACACGGUGCUGCUUUUAGAGCACGAUACAACUCGUUAUAUAACCAGUCAGAGGUAUUACCGGUUUUCACUUCUAGUAAUACAAGAGUUUGGCAAACAUCUCAGUAUUUCAUAAGAGGCUUUUUAGGUGACCAGUAUGACCCCGAACAUUUUAAAACGGUCAUUUUGUCAGAGGAUGAUGAAAUGGGUGCAAAUUCCUUGACUCCUGCUAGUUCGUGUUCGGCCUGGGAUGCAGAGGAAAAGCAAACCGUUAUCGAUCAAUAUAACCUUGACUACCUUAAAGAUAUUCAAAAACGGUUAUUGGAAAAGAACAAAGGUUUGAACUUGACCACUGAUGAUGUUCAAUUACUCUUUGACUGGUGUGCUUAUGAAAUUAACGUUAGAGGUUCAUCUCCAUUUUGUGAUUUAUUCACUCAGGAUGAAUUAGUUAAAAAUGAAUACUACAUCGACUUAUCACAAUACUACUAUGACGGUAAUGGCAACUCUGCAGUAUUACCAAUAGGUAGCGUCCUUUUCAACGCUUCAUUAAAUUUAUUGAAGGAUUCAGAUUCAAAUAAUAAAAUUUGGCUUUCUUUUACCCAUGAUACUGAUAUUGAAAAUUACCUAGCAGCAGUUGGCAUUUUUCAACCUGAAAAUGACUUAACUCCAGAGUACAUCCCUUAUCCAAACAUUUAUCAUCAUGCUGAGAUGGUCCCUCAAGGAGCAAGAGUUUACACCGAAAAGUAUAAAUGCAAUGAUGAUUCUAGUUACGUUAGAUACAUUGUCAAUGACGCAGUAAUACCAAUCAAAAAUUGCUCUUCCGGUCCUGGUUUCUCUUGUGAGUUUCAUCAUUUUGAAAACUACGUUCACGAUAGAUUAAAAGGCGUAAAUUACGCUGAUCAAUGUAAAAUUGGUAAUGCAACAUCCGAAUUAUCUUUCUAUUGGGACUACAACGAAGUCAACUAUGAUGCAAAAUUGUCAAGGUUUAGUUAUUAGAACCGAAAAAAAAAAAAAC